AUGGGGAACAACUCAAGUUCGAUGCCUCAUGUAAGACGAGGCAGUAUUAAGGGAUACAAUAAACCCCAGGUCCAGCAUUCGGAGUAUUCUGGAAUCGUCACUACUGGCCUGAAGAGCCACCCUGUUACGGAGGUUGAAACAACUGAUAUCAAAGUUCAAAUCGCAAAAGCCGACAAAGUCGGUGCUGGUCUAGGCCCUGAUGGUGGUAAAGCGCCUACUCAAGUAUCAAAUGUCCCCUACGUUAGGGACGUCAAGACUCCUGUUGUGAAAUCGAGAGUAACGACGCCUAGUAUCCUAACGGAUGAAUUUAUUGGCGCUGAUGACUAUUUCUCACUUGUACCUGAUGAUCAUGCUAAUGGCGAAUCAGAGGUUGACGAUCUUGAUGAUGAAUGUGGUAUAGACGAGGACCUUGCAGACCCCACAGAGAUUGCUGUCCAAGAGGAUAAGACCUUGAGGACCGUAAAGAUCAAGUACCAAGAACCUGAACGUAACGGUACACUUGUAAUGAGUGAUCAAGUUUGUGUUGUGGGUUCUUUUGAUCAAUGGCGUAAUUCUGUCCCAUUGGAGCCAAGUUUCCAAGCAGAUGGAACUCUUUUCUUCAAGACGAGCCUUUUCUUGCCUAUCGGAAUAUACCGUAUCAAAUUCUUGGUCAAUGGUAAAACAAGGCACUCUGAUUCUUUACCAACCGCAACUGACAAGUCUGGUAACAUUGUCAACUGGUUUGAAGUUGGUACCAAAGAGAGUCCCACCGUGGAAGUGGAGGCUGGUGCAUUGGAAAAGCACCAGAUCAUCAACCACAUAAGAAAGAGCACACCUUCAAUUCUUAAGCAACAGCAACGAGAAGCUGGACGCUAUAGCGAUGCAACACUCCCAAAUGCUGCUGAUUCCAGGAUCCAUUCUCGUACGGGUACACCUGUAACACCAGAGUUCACGCAGGCGCAGACUCAACAGGGGGAUCAGAAGCGUCGUGGGUCAGGAGAACAGUUUACACAGGAUGUACCACCCAUCUUUCAGACCUACUUGAAUGAGACCGAUGAGCUAUCACCGAUGGAGGAGGAGUUUAUGCAGAAACAUCCAAUACCUGAGCUACCCGUGUACCUCAAUAACAACUACCUCAACAAACAUUUCACGCAGCAUCACAAUCAGAGUUCUGAUAUAGCGAAUCUCUCUAUGAAGGGUACUAAUAUGCAAGGUUUGAACUCCCACAUCAUACCGCACGUGAAUUUGAAGCAUUUGUUGACUUCAAACAUCAAGAACGGGGUACUUGGCGUCGCAUGUACUACUCGCUACUCUGGUAAAUUUGUUACUCAGAUUAUGUAUUCUCCUUCUGAUUAG